AUGUACCGGAGUGCGACGGCAAACGUACGUGAGAGGUUCAGAUCGCAGGAUAAGAUGGAUGAGAUUUCUGAUGAGAUUGAGGAAAUGACCGAGAAGGUCAAGAAGGAACUCGAAAACCUACAAUAUAGUCUUGUAGACUACCAGAAGAGGAUGCGAGAUUUGAAGCCUUGA